AAACGAAAAACAAAGUUCAAAGUUAAGUAAUUUUGAAUCGUUAAGGAAAUGGGGAAAAGGGUGAUGAUGGGGUUUUGGGCAUUUGGGUUAAUCGUUUUGCUUAUGAGUAGUGCGAAAACUGUGCAUGGAAUUACAUGCGGUGGAGCCUUAAUAGCAUUGCAGCCAUGUCUCUCUUUCUUGGUCGGCAUUGAUCCGUCGCCGGAUGCUUCUUGCUGUCAGGCUGUUGCGUCGAUAAACCAACAGGCCAACACUAAAGAAAUACGCCAGCAGCUCUGUCAAUGUUUCAAACAAUCUGGUUCAUCUUUCGGAGUCCAGCCUGAGAAAGCUAAGCAAAUCCCCGACCUGUGCCAUGUCCAGGUCCCUGUGCCAAUUGAUCCUAAUGUGGAUUGUAGCACGAUUAAUUAAUAUCUACCAAAAAAGACUUGCCUAAAGAGUAGGGGAGCAUGUCUUUGUUAAUAAAUCCAGUGUUUGGAGAGUAUUGAUUUAAAUAUGUAGGCAUGUAGGACUUGCCUAAAGAGUAGGGGAGCAUGUCUCUGUUAAUAAAUCCAGUGUUUGGAGAGUAUUGAUUUAAAUAUUUAGGCAUGUAUGGAGAAAGAUAAUAUUAAUAAGAUAAUAUUUGUGUUUAUUAUCAAA